UGGAGAUCUCUCUAGAGAUCUUUCUCUCUGUCUCUCUCUAGGAUAUUUGACUACUUUUGCAUGGCGCUGUGCCACAUUAGCAGCAGUUAAAGAUGUAAUAGAUAGUUGUCUGGCUUUACAUGUCUCAGAGGAAGUAAGUGAUAGCCUUCAACCCACUUCAUCUUAGUUGUUGUUUGAUAAGGAGGGCUAAUUUAUGGGUGGUAAUUGGCAGGAAAACACCAAAUUAGGAAUAAAAUGGAGAUAAACAUAUCAGAGCUUUAGUGUUUGCUUACAUUACUGGAUAGACAUGUAUACUUACUGUUUAACCCCACCGAAAAAUGAGAAAUUUAUCCCCUAUACUAAAAAACAUGCAGAAAAAGACGUGUACUAUUUUAUUUUACAUAUUAUAUCUUUAAAUGUUUGAUGAGGUGCAUCUAAAUACAGCCAGUAUUGGCCAAAUUACUCCAAAAAUAAAUAAAUAAGUGGUAGUAUAGCAGUUUUAACACAUUUGGUGCUGCUGAAAACCUCAUUGAAAAAUCGGAGCUAGCAUUGAACAUGAUAGGGAAGUGUUUUUGUGUCCUAAAUACAUACAAGCCAAUUAUUAUUUGACGUAGGAAAAGAACUAGAUGUGUUUCACCACACGAUGGCGCCACUCACACACUCACUAAGACACACACUCACUCAGACUCACACACACUCACUGUGACAAUUCAACAAGUGUCUCUUGUGCUGUUUUGGCCAGAAUUUUUUAUUUUUUUUAAACAUUUGAAAGUUAUUUCAGGACGUGUGACUCAUGUGACUCAUGUUUGCAAUUGUUUGCAACAUCAGCCUGUUUAGUCACAGAGCCUUAGUGAAUUUCACGUUUAAACGACAGAGCAGUGAUGACGAGAGAAAAAUAACCAGAUCACAGUCAUUGACUUGAAACCAUCCUGGUUUGUAAACAGCCUAUAAGUCUGUAAAAUAGCACUGUUGUUUAUAAAUGGCUGAGAAACGUUUACUAUCACUUUUUACGUCAGGUAAACAGGUAAAACGUCCGGUGUCUACGGCUCCUGCAUCACCACUCGUGUUGCCAGUUUAGCUGAAAAUAAUGAAUUGAUAAUGAAUUGAUAACUGGGAUUAACAUACUGCAACUAAUAAUAAUAAUAUAUUCUGUAUAUCUACGUAUACGCAUACAUUAGUAUACACUUGUUAGUGUUCAGUAAGAAACUCGCAAUGAGACAAUAGGCAAUGAGACUGGGUACAUAGAAACCAAUCUGGCAACCCUGAUUAUAAUAAGCGCCUGCGGCCGUCCCCAAGACUCAGUGAGAGAACAGAAAUGGAGCAGCACUAAUUAUAUUAAAGCUCCAGGACUUGGAAAAAUGGUGAACACGUGAGAAAAAGCAGGCAGAUUCGAGGAUGAUUCCAGUUAACGAGUUCCGAAACAUUACCUCGGAACAAAAUCCUCGGUUCCGAGUUUUAAAGCCAUGGUGGGACGUCUUCUCGGAGUACCUGUGCAUAACUAUGCUAAUGAUCGGUGUCUUUGGAUGCACCAUGCAGCUGACACAGGAAAAGAUCUCCUGUCUCCCCGAUCGCUUUACUGGAGACGCAGAUGAAAGCAUGGACUGCAGCUACCUCCAAAAUCCCAGAGAGAACGAGAGCUUGUGGGAGCAUGCCAUCACCAAGAACAUCGCCCCGAACAUAGUAGAGGUGUUCGGCCGGAAGAACGACUUGGACAUUCACCAGUAUAUCUUUAUAAACAGUUUCUGCUAUGAAAGGGCAGUGCAUUGGUAUGGCAAGUACUUCCCCUACCUGGUGGUCAUCCACACAAUGAUCUUUAUGGUAGCAAGCAGUUUCUGGUUCAAAUUCCCUGGGACAUCAUCCAAGAUUGAGCUGUUUGUUUCAAUCCUGGGGAAGUGCUUUGACUCCCCCUGGACUACUCGAGCAAUUAGUGAGGUGUCUGAGGACAGAGAAGACAUGGUCACAUGGAAGAAAAAUUGCACACCAAAAGCAUCUGCGGUAGAAAGUCCUGAUGUGGAAGAUAAAUCUGCUGCCUUUAUUCGUUCCACAUCUGUUGUGUCUAACAGAGAGCAGAAUGUGUUGGAGCCUGAGCAUGCUGCCUCUGUCUUGGACAAAAAGGAAGGUGAGCAAGCCAAGGCUCUGUUUGAGAAAGUGAGAAAAUUCCAGACUCAUGUAGAAGAGGCAGAUCUUCUCUACCUCAUGUAUGUUCUCCAGACAUCACUUAAGGUGCUAAAAUUUGCUAUUAUCACUAUUUAUAGUGUUUUCCUUGUACCAAAUAUUCAGAUUGUGGUGACUUGCAGAGUUCCCCCUGACCUGACUGGGUUUGGUUUGUUCUGCUGUAAUAACAACAAAGCACAUCUCUUCUCAAAACUAGCCUACUGUUACAUUGGAUUUGUUGGUGUGUAUGGGCUACUAUGCAUCUAUUCGCUCUACUGGCUCUUCCAUCGGCCACUGAAAGCAUACUCCUUUGAGCAUGUGCGUCUGGAAACAGGGAUCAAUGACAUACCUGAUGUAAAAAAUGACUUUGCAUUCCUCUUGCACCUCAGCGAUCAGUACGACCCUCUCUACUCUAAGCGUUUUGCUGUGUUUCUCUCUGAAGUGAGUGAGAAUAGGUUGAGUCAGGUGAACCUCAAUCACGAGUGGCCAAUCAAGAAACUCCGGACACGUCUCUCAAGGAAUGCCAGCGACCGCUUAGAACUGCACUUGUUCAUGUUGCCAGGCAUACCCAGCACUGUGUUUGAUAUGCCUGAAGUAGAAUCUCUGAAGCUGGAACAGAUCAAUAAUGUAAUCAUCCCUGGCACAGUGACGCAACUUGCAGCUUUACAGGAGAUUUCCCUCAUUCACUGUCCAGCCAGACUUCAACUAGAAGCCCUCACCUACCUACGAGAGAACUUGAAAGUCCUUCGCAUCACCUUUGGCAACCUAGAGCAAAUCCCCUUGUGGAUGUACACUUUAACAAAUUUGGAAGAGCUCCACCUGAGUGGGCCACUCACCAAUGAGCUCCAUCGUGGCGCCACCUUAGACACCUUGCGGGAGCUGAAGAACGUUCGUGUUUUAACCUUGCGUGGUAAACUUGCCAAGAUUCCUUCCAGUGUGGUGGAUGUUGGUGGCCAGCUGCUAAGAUUGCGUGUGCACAAUGAGGGGGGCAGGCUGCAUGCCUUCAGCUGUCUGAAGAAGCUAGCAAACUUGGCCACUCUGGAAUUGAUUGGCUGCGAACUGGAGCGCCUCCCCAGUGCAAUCUUCAGCCUCACCAAUCUGCAACAGCUGGAUUUGAAGGAAAACAGGCUUACCACUGUGGAGGAAAUCCUUAGUCUGCAGCACUGCCGCCGACUGAGCACACUCAGGCUAUGGCACAACUCCAUCCAAUACAUCCCUGAUCAAAUCAACAAAAUGCGCUCACUUGAGACACUUGACCUGAGCUGGAACAAGAUUCAUAAGCUGUCGCUUCAACUUUGCUUUUGCACCAAGCUUCGGCACCUGGAUCUCUCCCACAAUCAACUCAUCUCGCUGCCUUCUGAGAUUGGUAUCCUGCAGAGUCUGUGGCAUCUUUCUGUAGCUUACAACUCACUGGAAGUGCUCCCAGAGGAGCUGUUCUCCUGUAAAAGGCUGAGGACUCUUGAACUCGGGAAUAACAGAAUUGCCUUUUUGUCUCAUAGGGUUGGGAACUUGGCUCACUUGGUGUGUCUAGAACUAAAGGGUAACAGGUUGGAGACUUUGCCUGUCGAGUUGGGUGACUGCAACCUAUUGAAGUUGAGUGGGCUCAUUGUAGAGGACAGUCUGAUUGAUAUGUUACCUUUGUAUGUGAAAGACAAAAUGAAGGAGAGGUGACUUAAAAAAACUUAUUCAAUUAUGAAGACAGAUACUGUUAAAGUCACUGGUUCUAGAAUUCAUUGUGGGUUGAGCUGGUUGAAAUGCCAUAGAACUUUAGUCUGACUAAUUUAUUCACAUUUACUUACCUCUUUGUGCAGGAAAUAAACAAAACAUCUCAAAUCUUAGUCAAUCCUGACACGAAGACAUACUUCAUAAUGCAUUUCAGAUUUAAACAGUUAGAAUUGGUGGAUAUUAUUUAUUUUUAUUCCUACAUUGUGCCUUUUGGAAAAGUUUGUAUCAGUUUUUGAAA